ACUUGCAAUGAAUUUAACUGUCUUAUGUCUCUUAUCUCCCUUUACUCAACCAUGAAGAAGGCAUAUUUCCUUUUGCAGUUCUCUAUUGUCUUAUUUCUUCUUCUCCUUUCCUUCCAAGCUUAUCCAACAACUGCCCUUUCUUCAGUGAAUGAAACUGAUAAGCUUGCUCUGUUGGCCAUCAAAGGUCGAAUUACUCAAGAUAUCCAUGGGAUAAUGAAUUCAUGGAACGAAUCUUUUCAUUUCUGUGAUUGGAUAGGAGUCACAUGCAGCCGCCGACACAAAGGAAGAGUAACUCUCUUGAGUUUAGAGAGGCGUGGCCUGAUUGGUUCCAUCCCUCCCCAAAUAGGGAACCUUUCCUUUCUAAGGGGAAUCAACCUUGCAGAGAAUAGCUUUCAGGGCGAGAUUCCUCAAGAAAUUGGCCAUUUAUCUCGACUGAGAUUUCUUAAUCUAAGCAACAAUGCUUUACAAGGGGAAAUUCCAGGUAAUCUAAGCUUUUGUUCAGGUCUUGCAGUUUUGAACAUGUCUAACAACAUGCUUGUAGGCAAAAUCCCAAAUAGCUUGGAAACCUUGGGGAUGAAGAAGCUAAAUACCCUCUUUCUCAACUCUAAUGAGCUGAUAGGAACUAUCCCAAAAUGGCUAGGAAAUGCUUCUUCACUCGCUCAGUUGUCAUUAAUAAGUAACAGACUACAUGGAAGCAUCCCUGUUCAGCUCGUAAAACUCCAAAAUCUUUCAUAUUUAGGAGUUAGUUCUAACUAUUUAUCUGGUAUCGUUCCUCCUGCUAUUUACAAUCUGUCCUCACUCAUUUUUCUUCACUUAGCACACAACCAAUUUCAUGGGCAAAUACCCAAUGAUAUAGGCUUAACACUUCCAAAUCUUCAAGAUAUUGUUUGUGGAGGUAACUACUUCACUGGGCAGCUUCCAGUUUCAUUGUUGAAUGCUUCACAACUGAAAGAAAUUGCAUUUGAAUUCAACAGUUUCAGUGGACCUGUGCCUCCAAAUCUAGGAAGAUUGAAUGAGCUAGAAGUGUUGCUUCUUGAAAGAAAUCAAUUAGAAAAUAUGGAGGGAGAUGACUUCAGUUUCUUAGCUUCUUUGACUAAUUGCAGCAAACUCUCCGACCUGGAAUUCAGUCGAAAUCAUUUUAAAGGUCAUUUGCCUACUUCAAUUGCUAAUCUUUCAAGCAGGCUUAAAUUUCUGUCCAUACAUAAUAAUCAGAUUUCAGGUAGACUACCAGAUGGGAUUGGCAACUUGAUUGGCCUCACAUCAUUGAGUUUGGGUGAGAACUUUCUCACAGGUGAAAUUCCAAACAGUAUUGGCAGACUAGAAAAGUUGAAUGGACUUUGGUCGAAUGAUAACCAACUUUCAGGUACAAUUCCCUCCUCAAUUGGAAACCUCACCCAAUUGCUUUAUUUGUAUCUUGAUGGAAAUAAUUUAGAAGGUGAAAUACCUCUUAAUUUGGGAAAUUGUAGACAUCUUUUAGUAGUCAACCUAUCUUAUAACAACAUUACUGGUUCCAUACCAAAAGAAGUUAUAACUUCUACUAUCACAUUGUUGGAUUUCGCAAGAAAUUUCUUACUUGGGUUACUUCCUCUAGAGCUGGGAAAUAUGACCAAUCUAAUUAGUUUGGACCUUUCCAACAAUAGAUUAUCUGGAGAAAUUCCAAGUACUCUAGGAAAUUGUCCUAUGAUGGAAUACCUGUAUAUGCAGGAUAACUUAUUUGUGGGUAGCAUCCCAUCCUCCUUAAGUGCUUUGAAAAGCCUUCAUUACCUUGACCUUUCAAGAAAUAAUUUGUCUGGACAAAUUCCAAAAUACUUCCAAAAUCUUACUUUGCUGCAUUAUUUGAAUUUGUCUUUCAACGAAUUUGAAGGAGAGGUUCCAUAUGAAGGGGUCUUUGGAAAUGCAAGUGCAGUUUCAGUUGUUGGAAACCAACACCUCUGUGGAGGCAUUCAGAAGCUCAGAUUCCCUCCAUGUAAGGUCCAAACUAGCCUAAAGAAGAACAAAUGGUCUCACAAUCUUAAAAUUGUGAUUCCAAUUGUUUCUUGCUCAAUCUUAUUAGCAGUGCUUCUGUUUCUGAUUUUUUUUACUUGGACAAGGACAUCUAAGAGGAAAGCCUCUUCCAUGUUGCAAACACAAGAACCAUUUCCAAAGAUUUCUUUUGCAGAGUUAAGUCAAGCAACUAAUGACUUCUCAUCAGCCAACUUGAUUGGCAAAGGAAGUUUUGGUUCUGUUUAUAAAGGAAUCAUGGGUGAAAAUGGAAUGCUAGUUGCAGUGAAAGUGUUGAACCUUGAGCAGAAAGGAGCAUCCAAGAGUUUUGUGGCUGAGUGUGAAGCUAUGAGAAACAUUCGUCAUCGAAAUCUGAUCAAAGUUUUGACUGUCUGUUCUAGCAUAGACUUUAAAGGGGUCGAUUUCAAGGCUAUAGUGUAUGAGUUCAUGCAAAAUGGAAACCUAGAUGAGUGGCUGCAUUCAAAUGAAGUCCACGUGGGAGUUCGGAAUUUCAGUUUCAUCAAGAGACUGAACGUAGUGAUUGAAGUUGCACAUGCAAUUGAGUAUCUGCAUUACCACUGCCAACCAGCAAUUGUUCAUGGUGAUCUCAAGCCAAGCAAUAUUCUACUUGAUCAUGAAAUGGUUGCUCAUGUGGGUGAUUUUGGACUCGCAAGAUUCCUUAUUUCCUCAAAGAAAACAAUCUCACUUGGAACAAUAGGGACCAUUGGCUAUGUUGCUCCAGAAUAUGGAAUGGGCGGAAAGGCAUCUAUGGCAGGUGAUGUGUUCAGCUUCGGAAUUCUCUUAUUGGAGAUGAUUACAGGGAAGCGACCAACUGAUGCAAUAUUCAAAGAUGGCCUGAACCUUCACCAAUUUGCCAAACUAGCAUUGCCAGAACGCGUGAUGGACAUUGUUGAUCCUUCGUUGCUGCAAGAACUUCGAAGUACGAAUGAAAAUGUUGGGGAUGCCCGAAGAAAUAAAAGAGAAAGAAGAGUCAGUAUCAAGGAGAUCCUCAUUACCUUUUCAAGAAUAGGGAUUCUCUGCUCAAUGAAUUCUUCGAAUGAUCGAAUGGAGAUGAAUGAUGUGGUUGCAGAAUUAUGUAUUAUCAGAGAUAAGUUUCUUGGUAAUCAUUCAUAGAUUCUAAUGAAGGAAUCAAAGCAAGCUCUCUUUUUUGGAAAACCUUCAUUUACGUCAAUUCUUUUAGCUAUUCUGCUGUGUCUGGUGUGAUAUAUUUUUACUGGAAUGUUGGUACCAAACUUUAAGAUUUCUACUUGUGUGGGUUGCAAGCUGGGUUCAACUGAUGAUGAAUGCAAAGCAGAAGAUUGCACUCAACUGUUUGUUCUUUUCCUUUUCUAGUAUUUGCAGUUUUUCCUAUCAUGUACUCUACCAUAUCUAGCCAACUCUUUGCCAUUUCCUUCUCACAGAACUUCCAUGUAAGAGUGCUGCUUUUUAAAAUUAAUUCAAUAGAAAAUU